UAGUUAGUCUAUGACCAGUUGUUGACAGGGAGAGCAUUGUAGAGGCUGUGUAUUUUGUUUUUGAAUUUAAUUUCUAUUUCGUAGCUGUAACCGUGAUACUAUUGACUUGUAUUUUUUCCCUUUCUCGUAAAUCACUUAUAAGUGUUGUAAAUUAGCGAAAUAAAUUUUAAUAAUACGUCCUUUGUGGGAUUUCUGUUAAUAAAAUGCAAGAAACCGUUACAAACACAAAUGAAAGAAAAUCAUUAUUUUCCUCGUUCCUCGAGGUUCUGGAGGCCAGGGAGAAACAAGCACAAGCAGAUCGGCAGCUUCAAGAAGAAAAAUAUCUGCUGAGGACCCAAAGAAUCUACGAUUUUCACGAUCGUCAACGUCGCGAGGCGGUCGAGCUGCGUCGCUGCCUGGACUAUGUGUCGCAGCACGCGCACGUGCUGGAGAGCGUGCUGCGCGGCGCGGGCGAGGGCGGCGUGCCGCUCAGCUCGGCGCUGGUGCGCCAGGCGUCCGCGCUGCAGCGCUGCAUGGCGCAGUGCGUCGCCAACGCCGCACGCAUCCGCCAACUGCUGGCCGCCACGCACCAGCCGCAGAUGGACACCAUGCUAGCUAAGAUGGAAGCCGAGCUGAGUACAUGGACAGCGUUCUUGCAGCGCGCGGUGGACGCCACCUACAACACAGAGGUCGUCAUUGACAACUUGCACAACCUUAUCGCUGAGCAACGUCGAUGCGUCCGCGAGGUAUCCUCUUCCACUGUGUUCGCGUCAUUAUGUGCGGAGUCAGCAGACAGCAAUCCCGCGUCCCCCGCCGCCGCCCCCGCCUCCCCACUGGAGCGACGAGCUCCCUCAGCCGCGUGUAGUACUCCCAUCGUCCGCGACUAGCGCCCGCCGCCCUCCAGCUGCGCCGUGCUGUGCUGGAAACUACUCGGGAACUCGUAGAUUGUUAGCUGCUUUCAUGUGUUAAGUGCAACAUGCUUCUAGAUCAGAUCUUUCAGCGUCGAUCAAGACUACACUUGUAAGAACAAAGUACGAGAGCUGGGCUGGGAGAAACUAUCCCAUAAUUUUGACUAGACUAGAUCGUCUGUUUGUCGCUUGUUACUAUAUUCAAUUUCAAUUGUUAAAGUUCUUGUAUUCGUUAUGUAAUCAUGAAUCUGGAUGAUCAUAUAUUGACGCGUUCGCAUUAUAUUUUAUUCCGCAAUCGAUGGGCAGCAGCGGCGCAGCACUCGAAACUACAUCGUUCUAUUUUCAGUGAUAUGAAAUCUGUCUGGACGUUACGUGUUGUAAGUGAAGCAUGUAUAAAAAUAUAUCUCAUAAAAUCUAAAUGAUACGGCAAUUGAAAUGGCAAAAAUGUCAGACUUCAUCGCCCUGUAGUCAUCAAUGUGUGUUUAGAUUAUAGCAAAGCGGCCCUAUUCUCUUUUUAAUUUGAAAAUUUGCUUAGAAUCGGUGCUUGGAUAUUUCUUUAACAUAUAUUUUCGCAAAGGUUUUUUUACGUACUUUCAUUUCUUUCACCUUAUUUUUUAAGCUUUCUAUGCUGAGUGGUAACAAUGUUGGUGAAGAAAGCGAGUACAAUACGUGUAUUGAUAUCUAUACAACUGCAUUCAAUUUUAGUCUUUGUCAAAUUAGAAUAAGGACCGAUGUGUAUGUAUAUAUAUAUAUUAAUGCAAAAUGCAAGUAACUGUACAAAAGUGACGCUCUACAGCACUGCCUUAUGCGUGUGUUCAAUUUGCGCACACUGCCGACGAGUCAACGCGGGGUACGCGCGGUAACCUUUUUGAUUACUACAAGAUCUGAAACUUUAUCUUUGGCGCUAGAUGGUAGCUAAGAUGGAAAUGAACUUUUGAAAACUUUGACUUUUAUUAUUUUAUAUGUCGGUUGGUAGAAAAAUCUCAUAACAUGUGUAUUGUUGUCCUUACUUGUAGUUAAUGGUAUAUGCGCCCGCGUUGACAUCUAGUGUUAUAAUGAAAUCUUUAUAUAAGUGUUUAGAUAGUAUAGUAUUUAGUACAUACAGUUCAGUGUCUAUAAAUUGAUAUAUUUAUCUACUGUUCAUUUAUUAAAUGUUUUUUCUAAUGGACUCUCGACUUUGUACAUGAAUUAGUUUAAAUAAAUAUAUUAUUCAUGGGACAAGGAAGCUUUGAAAGCGUUGUCGCGUGCAUCGUUCGUUACCUUUGUAAAGUCUCGUAUCCGCUAGACACCAAGCGACUUCUUAUACUCCAUGCCACUCUAGUAAAUAAUAGUACAUUGUACAUUGACAUAAGAAAGUAACAGAUGCUAGCGAGGAUGUAUCGGCCGCGAAUACACUAGUUGUGACUCGUAUAUUUUUUCGAGUGAUAUCGUGCUACAGGUGACAUCUCCCUACGUGGAUAAUAAAAAGAAACGAAAAAAUACAAUUUCUGAUGCAUAAUUGCAUUGACGUACUCAAAUAUCACCUGCAAUCAUUGUAAAUAGGUACUUCUUUUGAAAAAAGAAUACGUCGCCGCAGCGAAUAUGUCGCCGCGUGCCCCGUGUGUGCGAGCCGAGUAGAAGUUUUCGAGCCCUAUAAAACGGAUAGUUGGAGAGUUAGCAUGUUGUAAAUAGACAAAGUAGGCGGCGUGGGUCAGGAACCAGUCGGACGACCCGGGACGCUUUCCGAGGUCAUCGAACUGUGCAACUAACGGCCUGAAAGAAAAUGAUAUAUUUAUAUGUGAUUUUCUUUUACUGAUCAAGAAAAUACCAAAUCUUUGACUACCUUGUAUUUUCUUUGACCCUCACCGCCUACUUUUAGCACGUGUAAGCGUUUUUUAUUUGUAGGUGGCUGAUGUAAAUUAUAUGUCUAAAUUAUAGGAAAUUUUUGAUCUUUUUACAACGCGAUUAUUGUGGUCUUAUUUAAAUCUUUUAAACUGAUACAAGUAUCGUAAAUAACGUGUUCUAAAUAUUCCGUAAUUGUGCAAGGGGCAGUAUUACAAAACGCAAUAGGAUCGAGAAAUGUACGUCAGUCUGCUGAGCAGAUACAUAGUUGGUAAUUUGUGUAUUUUAAUGUUUUGAACCAAUACGAAACCACGUGGCCAAAUUUUACGUAGUCGAGCUAAAGUCGCUUGCUUGUUUGUGAUGGAAUUUAAUCUUAUAUUUAGACAUACGUAUUUUUAUAAUUAUUCAUAAUUCGACAUUAGAAACUGUUAAUCUGUGCUUAGUCUAUGGUAGUUUGAUAUAAAUGUAUCAAUAAUGUCUAAUGGUUUUCUCGUUUUGAUAAUGGUAAUCGAACACAGGUUGUUAUUGCUCUUUUACAAGUCUGAAUAAGCAUUUUCAACUUUCUUCGAUCGUUCUUGAGAUUACUCAUUGUACUUCCUAAAUAAAAUAGUUUUGUAUGUACUUAUAUGUGUGUUACAGUGUUUUUAUCCGCUCAUGUGAUAUUCCAACGAACGUAUCGUAAUGUAUUCAUGUUAAAUAUUCUAAUAUUAUUGAUGGGACCCUGACAUAAUGUUAUCUUUGAAAAUUUUACAGAAUCAUGUUCACGUUACAUUGCCAUGGGAUGGGAGUCAGUGAAGCCUUGUGUUGGUCUGGCAACAUGUUCGCUAGUUUGUUGUCCAACUUCAAGUUGGACUAAUUAACUGAACAACUAGUUGAGACGGCUAAGCUAACUUGUGUAAUGCCUUCUCAAUAUCAGGCUAUGUUACUGUUGUAAAUUUAUAUGUACUUGUAGUUAAUAGCAAUUUCUUGCUUAAAAUGUGGUUUCUAUAUACGAGUAUAACGUCGAUAAGUUUAUAUUACGAGAUAUAUUGCACUCUAAUGGAAAUUUUAACCUUAUAUCACUGUUUUGCAAGACAAGUGAUGGAAAUAAAAUCGAGUAUGCCUUAUUGAUUAAAAUUAUUGUUAUUGCGUGAUGUGGUCUUACGUCUAACAUAUUGAUGUUAAAUUGUAUUUCGUGUAAAUUUUAUUAUCUUAAAUAUCGUUGUGUAUGAUAAGAACGUUUACUAAAUGUGUAGCUUCUGCAACAAUAUAAAGCCUCUUACACACAGCGUCGACGCUCAACAGAUAUACGAGGCGAACUUGGUCAUAGUCGUGUAUAUAUCGGCUAAGCUACAUGCUACAUACCAUGGUUUCUUCACUCGGCAUGAGUUUGAAAAGGCAAUCAUUUGCGUUUUCACUUGUGGAAUUAGAAGUGAGUGAGAUCGCAUGAUAUGUUGCCUGAUAUUUGACGUACCUUUACGAAACGUAUAUGCACGUAUAAAAAAUAGUUAACUGAAAAUCAUAAAGCAUUGGCUUACCUGAGUGAGCGCCUCAACAUUCCAUUCCAGUUGCGCGUAACGAAUAAAAUAAACAAGUGGCUAUUUUGAAAA